UCCCAGAUCAGUCAGAGUAAUCCUACGCAGCGAAUGCCUCCUUCAGGGUCUUUCUUCAGACGACAGUCAGCAAGCUCUAUCACAUCCGUUCAAAGUGCGGCAUCAUCAAGCUUUUCUGGUCUUUCCAUGAACUCCAACGACUCCAGAAGAUCUAUUUCGGGAGCCUAUGGACCCAACAACCUCCCUCCGACAGAGGACAUGUCAAGUUCAAACAACAUGACGGAACGCCCGGCGGCUAUCACUCGUCAACAACUUCCGCUGCGCCAAGACAAUAUCAAAAAUUGGUCCAUUUACGUUGUACUUAGUCACCGCAGUCGUACUAGCAGCAUGCAUUGGUCCAUUUUUGUCCCCACAGGUGUCCCGUACGGCACUGUCUGGCAAGUCGCAAAGAACAAGCAAGGCCUCUGGCACCUGGACACCCGCCAGGUCCAUCACCUCGUCACUUCUAGAUCACUAGCCGUGAUGUAUGAGAUAGGCACUGUGAACAACCAGACUUUCCGAUCAUUGCACAAUAUUCUUUCGACUGUCCCUGUUGGCGCGAAUCCGGGAGAGUAUUUCGACUCGCGAGUAUGGGUUCGUAGGGCCCUUUCCAUGAUGCAAGUCAAUCGCUUCACCAGUAUCGAUUCCGCUGUGGAUACGGUCAACAGAUGUCAGAUGUCAGUGAGCACAGGGUCUCACGGCGCAAAUAUCAUCAACAUCAUCCCGGUCGUACGACGCCUGCAGCGCCAAGACUCUGUUGGUUUUGUCGGCUCUUCCGGAUCCGGUGGGAUUCAAUUUGGAUAUUGAAGGGAGACUAUCCUGAUUAGAAAGCUGCCCUCUGACAAAGACUGACGCUUCGAUCUUGUGCUCUACGACUGGGUUGGCUUCCGG